UUGUGGGUGAACAUUAAAAUCAAUGUGAAACUGCCCCAAGAACAUGACGUCCCUGCCCCUAAUGACGUCACUGUUACGUCAUCUGGGUCGUUUUUUCGGUCUUGAAAAAGUUCCUUCAGUUACAUAAAAUGACAUAACCGUUCCUACCAACCAGAAACUGAACAGCUUUAUGAGUAAAAUUACUCAAGUGUCCCUUUAAGUUUUGCUGUGACAUUUUCAACAGCAGGUAUAUUUUGCUGAAGGACACGCGCGCGCGCACACACACGCUCACACAGCAGAGUGAGCGCGCAGCAUCAGUGUCCUUGCAGGAAGCUCUCCGGAGCGACGCGGCGGAAGAUGGGAACAACAAUCUGCAUAGAGACACGAGGACAAUCCAGUGUCAAACAGGGAAGUGGAGACACUGAAACCCGGCGGACUGGUUUCCUAACGCAGCCUGGCGGAGGGAGCACUUACCCGGCUUAAGCAGCCUGUGGAGAUCCGCAGCUCCGGGCUGUCUGAACCGACCGACCGUCACAUCGCUCCCUGCUCGGCACUGGCUGAGUGCACACACACACACAUACACACACACACACACACACACACACACACACUCCGCCAGAAAUAGAUUUGGAGGAUGAACGGAGCGGCGGUUACACAAGACGCAGCCGAGCCGCGGGGGGGCGCGGCGAGGACGCUCCGGUUCCAGCGGCCGCACGCGUCGGUGCCUCAGUUCACCAACUCGCCGACCAUGAUAGUGAUGGUGGGACUCCCAGCGCGAGGGAAGACCUACAUCUCCAAGAAGCUCACCAGAUACCUGAACUGGAUCGGAGUUACAACCAAAGUGUUUAACGUGGGUCAGUACAGGAGAGACGCCACUCGCUCCUACAACAGCUUUGAGUUCUUCAGACCCGACAACGCCGAGGCCAUGAAGAUACGCAAGGCCUGUGCCGUCGCUGCGAUGAAAGACGUGUGUGACUACUUCAGCACAGAGCAGGGGCAGGUGGUGGUUUUUGAUGCAACAAACACGACGGCAGAACGUAGAGAACUGAUCCUCGGCUUUGCCAAGGAGAACGGCUACAAGGUUUUCUUUGUGGAGUCAGUUUGUGAUGAUCCAGAAAUCAUCGCUGAGAAUAUUAAAGUAAGUGAUGGAGGGAGUCGGGAUGCCUUCAGCCUGACAGUCUAG